AUGUUGUUGUUUUUGACCGUGAUUAUUAUAAUUUUAAUAAUAGGUUUAAAAGUGAGAAAUAGGAAAUAUGAAAGACUAAGGAAGAUAUUCAGUCAUGACUUACCAUCUAUACCUAUAUUAGGAAUAACGUACUUAGCGAUUGGUAGCAAUGAAAGAAUUAUGCAAUUUAUACAAAUGAUCGGUCGUGAGGGAAACCGAAAAGGCGGACUUAUAUGCGAUUGGUUUGGACCUUCACUAUUUUUAGUAAUAUCCGAUGCUGAAAUCGCGAGACUGUUAACAACUAAAUGUCUGGAAAAGGACAAUUUAUUUAAAAAAAUGGGAUCUUUAUUAAUCGGUAAUGGAAUAUUUACUGCACCAGUUCCAGAAUGGCGCACGCGGCGCAAGAUUUUAGUUCCAACAUUUAAUACAAGGAAUUUGAAUCGAUUCGUACAUGUAUUUUCGAAGCAAUCCUACAUAAUGGUACAAAGGCUUCGAAGUAAAGCGAAUGCUCAACCGUUUGCAGUCUGGAGUUACUUUGCUUAUAACAACAUGGAUUCUGUUUGUGAAACAGUGAUGGGCGUGCAAUUAAAAGCUCAAGAAAAACCCGAACAGCCAUUUUUGACAUCUUUUUUGGAAGCAUUCCAUUUAACUGCAAGUCGCAUAUUUCAGCCAUGGCUCUAUGCCGACUUUAUAUACAAACUCUUUCCUGCCAGUAGACAACACGAAAAAGCUAGAAAUAUAAUGUAUGGCUUCGUCAGUGAUUUGAUAAUAUCUAAACGUAAAGAAAUUCAAGAAAACCAAACUAGAAAUUCACAGACAGGAGAACCUCAGAUGAAAACAUUUCUGGAUAUGUUGAUUGCGUCUUCAGAAGAAGAGAGAGGCUAUACUAAUGAGGAAUUAUCAGAUGAGAUAAUGGCUUUGAUGUUGGCCAGCACAGAUACUUCUGCCAAUGCUGCUGCUUUUACCUUAAUCAUGUUGUCCAGAUACCCUGACAUUCAAGAAAAGGUCUUCAAAGAGUUAAAGGAAGUGUUCGGCAAUGAGAAAGGACCAAUUGUUCCUGAAGAUCUUCCACGACUGAAGUAUAUGGACAUUGUUAUUAAAGAAACUUUAAGACUAUACCCUCCAGCGCCUUUGAUAAUAAGACAAGUAUCAGAAGAUGUCAUGUUACCGUCAGGAGUCACCAUACCCGCGGGUUGUGGUAUUCUGUUAAAUAUCUGGGCUGUACAUCGCAAUUCUACCUACUGGGGCGAAGACGUGGAAGAGUUCCGACCAGAAAGGUUCCUAGAUACACCGUUCAAGCAUCCCGCACAAUAUAUGCCAUUCAGCUUUGGGCCAAGGAGUUGUCCAGGAUACUCGUACGCCAUGAUGUCAAUGAAGACGUUAUUAGCGAUGACACUGAGGGAGUACCGCGUGUUACCAGCCACUUCACCGAACGAAUCAAAUCAGUAUCCUCCUCUACGACUGACCUUUGAGCUUCUGAUGAAGGACGCCGAUGGUUUUAAGAUUUGCCUCGAGCCGAGACAGUGAAAACUUCACUUUUUCAUUCGGUCAUACGGAUGACAUACCCGCACUAACGCCACUGCUUUUUCAUUAAACAAAGCUUUGACGCCACUUA